AUGAGCGACGAGCGUCGUCUGAGACCUGCGCCGUGGACCGGCACAUUUGCUUUGUCUUCUUUGUAUUCCCUCCCAACCUCCUUUUCCUCGCAUUACCAGUACAAUUCCCUCUCUUAUACUUCUGCUGGAGUUGGAGUUCUUGUCGUCUCGAAACACUUUCUCACGUUCCAUUACUUUACUUCGCAAUCGGGUUGUUGCGCUGACUCCAGUGCCUGUCAUCCGAACUUUUUGGUAUCGGUACCUGCGGCGUUGACGUCGUCUCAUCACACUCAGCUCACCAGCGCACUUUCCUUACCUCUAGAUCUCAAUUGA